AUGAGUUUAACUACAGAAGAGCUUAGCCACCUCAAAUUGAAGAUAAAAGAACGAGAUUUUGAAAUUAGUGCUCUCAAUGCAUUCAUCAAUAGAGAUGCCAAUUUAUCUUCACCAUGUGUAUUGAUAAAUGGGUACAAGCCAAUUGGCAAAACCCUCGUGGUGACCGAAUUUCUCAAAACAAUACAAUUGAACCAUACACUUAUCAAAUGUGAUGAAUGUGUAUCGAAACAGAUGUUACUACAGAGAUGUUUCACAAGGAUACGAAGGGAUGGGUGUGACGCCAAUGGUAAUGAUGAGGAAGACGGACAAUCAACAUUACUGAAGGCUGAUGAAGUGGCAUUAACCCUGUCCAUUUCCGAUCAAUUUUCCACUUUUGUAUCAUCAUUGGAAACUUUGUUUCAUGCAACUAGAUACAAAUCUCAUCAUGUAUUGGUAUUGGAUCGUUUUGAUCAAUGUUUGGACAAUUGCACUGAAUUUAUUGCCGCUUUUAGUAAAAUGAGAGAGUGUUCGACAUUGGUGCAGAAUUUAUCAGUGAUUAUUGUGUUUAGCAGUGGUAUACCUCGACAAGUGGUGACAUUGUCUAACCCGUUGAUUGAGUUUGAACCCUAUACUGAAGACCAAGUGGUGAAGAUUUUGCAAAAUGCACGAUUGUGUCAGUUUCAAGCAAGCAGUAUGGCACGAGAUGAUGGUGAAGAAAAUGAUGUUCCAGAGUCAACCAAGAGGGAGUUUUAUAACCAGUAUGUCAAAUUUGUUGUUGAUCUGUAUUACCUGUACACUGGUUCCAAUAUGGUUAUGUUGCAACAUUUAGUGGUUGAGUUAUGGGGUAAAUUUAUUGAACCUAUUCAAAAUGGGAUGUUUUCGAUUUACGAAAUUGUUAAAGUUUUCAAACAUAAUAUUGAUUUGUUUACUAAUGAUAAGAUUAUUAGUAAUUCGUCAGUGCCAGAUUACAAAACGCUACACGAUGGUGACGAUGAUGGGGAAAGAGAAGAAGGACAAGAAAAUGGCAAUGGUGGUGUCACCACCAACGAUUAUGGAGAACCAGUUGGACUUGGAAAUGUUCAAGAUUUACCCUAUCAUUCCAAAUUCAUUCUUUUAGCAGCAUACUUGGCAUCAUAUGGAAACCAACGGAAUGACCUCCACAAAUACUCCAAAGUGAAAGUAGUCAAGUACAAAAAACGUGCCAGUCCCAAAAAGAUGAAACGACAAAAAUUGAAUGGUGGCUCCAAUGAAUCUGCUCACUUGACUAGAGAUGAUAUCGAUUCACGCAUGUUGACAGCAAAUUAUGUCGAUUUAGAACGAAUCUUGGCCAUAUUAUCAGUGAUUUACCAACAUUCUUCACAAACAUUGAAUCAAUCCGAUAAGAAUGAUUUGUUGUAUUUGGGUGAUGAAAUUAUUGAUUUGGAAAAUAAAAAACAAUUGGAAAAGGCCAAUUUUACAUUGACGAAAAAUAUCGAUUUGAAUUUACAAAUUGCCACAUUGUAUUCAUUGGGAUUUUUAAGCAAGACCAAUAAUUCUGAUAUUUUGGCAGCUCGGAUUCGAUGGAAGUGUAAUUUGGAUUGGAAUAUGGCGGAAGCUAUUGCCAAGUCGAUUGAUUUCCCUAUUGCUGAUUUCUUGGAUGAUGAUUGA